UUAGCGCGAUGACAAAGGGCGGAGGCAGGUGGCGGUCGCGGGCUUUGCUUAGCCCUCCCUCUUCCCGGGUCGCUGACCGAGCGGGUGGCCUGCUCAAAAUACAAGCCUAGAUGGCCGGGGAGCAAGGAGGAAGUUCGGGCCCGUCUCCCGCUGCCACGCCAAUAGCCGGUGCCGGCAGGCCGGGAGAAGAGGACGGCGGCUACGACAGCAAGUGCAUUUUCUGCCGAAUCACCCACGGGGAGGAGACGGGCACUGAGCUGCUGCCUUGCGAGUAUGAAGAUUUGGUAUGCUUCCGAGAUAUCAGACCAGGAGCGCCUCAUCAUUAUUUAGUGUUACCAAAGAACCACACUGGAAAUUGCAAGACUCUUAAGAGUGAGCAUAUACCAUUAUUGGAGAGAAUGAUGGCAGUUGGAAAAGCUGUCCUUCAGUGGAGUAAGUGCACUAACUUGGACGAUAUAAGGAUGGGCUUUCACUGGCCUCCCUUUUGCUCCAUAGCUCACUUGCACCUUCAUGUCUUGGCUCCAGCUAGUCAGCUGGGAUUCUUGUCCCGGAUGAUAUACCGACUCAAUUCCUAUUGGUUUAUUACAGCUGAGCAGCUGAUGGAACGGCUGAAAGCUGAAAGCACUACAAGUUGAGAGAAACCUGCUCUAAACUACCAUCUUUGAAUACAGAUUAAAGGAUUGGAUGUAGUUGAUAAAAUGCUAGACUUUUUAAAACAACUACUGAAUUUGCUGCUAGAUAGGGUUUGAACUCAUUAGCAAACUCUACGUUAAAUUUCUCAGGCAAAUAUCUGAAUGCAAGAACGUAUAAGAUCACAAGUACUUAUCUGAUCAAAUGCAAAGAACCCUUGAAACUUAUUGAAAUUUAAUAAAUGUAUCUGAUGUUGA